UUCCGCUUUGUGCGUCCCACCAAACUUCCGCGUUGUGCGUUCCACAGUCCGGAUAGAGUUCUAGCUAUUAUCUCCCUGGGAUCAUUCGUCUGCAGUUCCAUUCACAUGAGCGCAAGCGAAGCCCUUGGUGGUUCCCUGGUUCGCCAGAAGUAGUAACAAUUGAUCUUGUCACAUUUACUUUUCCGGAUAUCAACAUCCGGCUCAUUCAGGUGGGCUUCAGAAACCGCAUGAGAGGAGACAUCGCUACUGCCCAUGUAACUGGGAAGGACAGAGGACAGAGUCUAUUUCUAGAUUGACCUGUGGGCCUGGUGAAGGUGAAAUCCCUCUGUAAGGUAGAAAUAACUCUAGAGAUUCUGUCUGAGAAUGGAUGAUGACCGACAUAUGACAGAGAGGAUAUUAAAUCUCACCCUGGAGUUCAUUUGUCUGCUGAAUGGAGAGGAUUAUACAGUAGUGAAGAAAACAUCUGAUGAGCAUGUGAGAGCCAGCAGCAGUCCUGGUGUGUCAGUGGGACUGAGUCGAACCCAGAUCAGCGUAAUGGAACCUCCACCUCAUUCUUUGAUAAAUGAGAACAGAAAUGAUCACAAGAUUCUAGAACUCAGCAACAAGAUUGUUCAUCUGCUGACUGGAGAGGUCUGGCAAUAUUUGAAAAGACACAAGGAUCUGCACAUGAAUAUGGAGAGUCGCCAGCCCACCACAUCCCUGGAUUUCACAGAAUGUACUACAAUAUCCGGUGGAUCCAAUACUCCUAUACCUUCACUGGAUAGCGUGACGGAGGAUCACAGUAUUGGUGUACAUAUCGGGACUGCAAAAUAUCCAUCAGCAGAUGACCAAAGCAUGAUAAACAGUCUGCAGUAUGUUACUGAAAAGCCAGCUUCCUGCGAUGGAGGAAACCUCACUGUUAAUGAUACGUCUACAGCCACAGAUCAUACACAACAUAUGGCUACUCCUAUUAAGGAGGAAGCAAUGUCAUGUGACAGAGGAAAUCUCCCUCACACUGACAUGUCUACACCCACGGGUCAUACACAGUAUACAUCUACUGAUAGUAAGGGGGGAUCAGUGUCAUGUGACGAAGGAGACAUCACACACACUGACAUGUAUACACCCACAGAUCAUACACAGUAUACAGCUACUCAUAUUAAGGAAGAAUCAAAUGAUGGAGGGAAUCUUUCCUACAUUUAUACCCCCACAGGACAGACACCACCGAUAUCUAAUGACCGUGAGGAGCACCUCAUACAAGACCAAAUAUAUCCAUUAGGAGACAAUCAAUAUUCUGAUCAUGGUACAUGCUUUCAACAGAACCCAGAGCUGGUUAUUCAUCAAAUAAUUCACUCUAAAGAUAAAUUACAUGCUUGUUCUGAAUGCGGAAAAUGUUUUAGUAAUAAUUUAGCUCUCUGUAGUCAUCAGAGGAGUCACAUGGUGGAGAAACGGUUUUCCUGCUCGGAAUGUGGGAAAUGUUUUACACGGAAUGCCAACCUUGUGAAACAUAAGAGAAUUCACACUGGAGUUAAACCGUAUUCCUGCCCUGAGUGCGGUAAAAGUUUCAUUGGCAACGCGGAACUUAUUUCCCAUAGGCGGAUUCACACAGGGGACAAACCAUUUUCCUGCGCCGAGUGCGGUAAGUGCUUCAUCAGGAAACACGAUUUUGUGAUACAUGAGAGAAUCCACACAGGGGAAAAACCCUACCCUUGCUCUAGUUGUUGGAAACGGUUCGUCAGUAGCUCCGAUCUGGUCAAACAUCAGAAAGUACAUAAACCGGAUAAACAAUACGCCUGCUACGAAUGUGGCAAAUGUUUCGGCAGAAGCUCUGAGUUUAUUAGACAUAAGAGAGAGCACAAGAGACAGAGGUUCGGCUGUCACUCUGGAAUGAAGGAAAUAAUCUUGUAACCCGCGUUGAAAAACCUUGUAGAGUUCACACAGAAAAUGGACUUUAUGGUUUUUAUCCAGUGUUUCAAUUAUCCAUCAAUGAACACGAAGGGCCUGGUUAUUAGUCGUGGGAGCUAUGCCGAUAUUCACGCAAGUGGUCGAUGUUUCUUCAUCUGUGCAUACGUCCCAUGGUGUUAGCAUACUGGGAGGUGGCUAUGUGGAGGCACAAAGAUGGCUGUGUUUUGGGUACGUUGCUCAAGUGAUUGCUCAAUCGCUCACAUAGGAGGCUAUACAGUGCAAGUUUCAAUGGUGCAACUGAUGGUAGCGUCUAAAGACGCACAAAUUGGGUGUCCCAGUUCUUGCACAGUGAGACGCGUGGCUGUACACCAGGAGAAGGGCUAUUACUAGCAUUAGCAUAAAGUCACAGAUGUGACUAUGGCAAAUGGUCAGUUUACUAAGCCGUGGAUGGAGAUAAUGGCCCUAAUUCCGAGUUGAUCGCUCGCUAGCUGCUUUUAGCAGCAGUGCAAACGCUAAGCCGCCGCCCUCUGGGAGUGUAUCUUAGCUUAGCAGAAGUGCGUCCGAAGGGUUAGCAGUUUUGCUGUCAAAUAUUUUCAUGCCGUUUCUGAGUAGCUCCAAACCUACUCCUACCUUGCGAUCACUUCAGACAGUUUAGUUCCUGCUUUGACGUCACAAACACGCCCUGCAUUUGGCCAGCCACUCCCCCGUUUCUCCACGCACGCCUGUGUUUUAAUCUGGCACGCCUGCGUUUUUUAGCACACUCCCGGAAAACGGCCAGUUACCUCCCAGAAACGCCUCUUUCCGGUCAAUCACUCAACGAUCAGCAGUGCGACUGAAAAGCACCGCUAGACCUUGUGUAAAACUGCAUAGUUUUGUGUGAAAGUACUUCACGCAUGCGCACUGCGGGCCAUACGCAUGCGCAGAAAUGCAGAAUUUUUGCCUGAUCGCCGCGCUGCGACCAAAAGCAGCUAGCGAUCUACUCGGAAUGACCCCCAAAGUACCAGCCAAUCGGCUCCCAACUGCCAUGUCACAGGCUGGGUUUGAAAAAUGGCAGUUGGGAGCUGAUUGGGUGGUACUUUAUCUCCGUCCACUUUUAUCUCCAUCCAAGGCUUAGUAAAUAGGCCCCUUUGAUCCAGAACCUAGUUUUGAAAACUCAAUUCCCACAUGGCAAUUCUUUAAAUCCAGUGGACAAAAUCGCUGGAAAAUCUGCAUUUUUGGUAAAUUGUAAACCAGGGGUAGGAUGAGUGGGGCACAUCAGCAGCAUGGAGAACUACAUUUCCCAGCAGCCACUUCCCCCUUGCCAGCAUCCUCCUCUGCAAAAUCUCAUGACCAUUUUUUUAAUUUAAAUUGGAUUUCACGGGUAUCAGGAGCACGUACACCUGUGGUAAUCCCAAAUUUUGGGCUUUAUGGGCCCUACACACUUGGCGAUAUUUCCAAUUUGGACGAUGUUCAUUUUCAACGAUUAACGACCAUCGUUCAAAUUGGCUUUCUAUGCUUAAUGAGGGAAAACCAACGAAGAACGACCGCGGGGCAGCGCAUCGUUCACCUUUGGUGCAUACACACUGAGCGAUAUGAACGAUUUAUCGUUCAGUACUGAACGAGAUAGUUCAUAUAUCGCUCACACACUUCGGCAAGUGUGUAGGGCCCAUUACUGUUCAUAGUUAAAUGGGGAGUAUAAUAGAUCCUGAUCUAUGUGAGAUACUGCACAGAGUGUUAGGCUACAAAGGAGUUACUCGGCUGCAGUGGGUGCUGUUUGGGUGCUUGGUGUGUUGUUUUGCAGAAGCGAUAUGCAAGGCAGUGGUGUUAUAUAUGCUGAUAACCAGUAUAAUUGUGAUUGUUACCUAUGUAGACAUUAUACAUUGCAUAUGAUAAGAUUUACAGUACAAAUAUUCAGUUGCAUUAGUGAGAUAAUUGGGGCAGAUGUAUUAAGCCUGGAGAAGGCAUAAAGAAAUGAUAAAGCGCUUUCACCGAGGAUCCAUACUUCCUAUCUUUUCCCCUUUUUUGUUCCUCUUCUAUUGGUCUUUGCCUAUGCCCCUCUCAACUACUACUUCGCUAUAACUUCUACACUCUUUCUUUUUCUUCUCUCUUUUCUUUCCUUCUCUCUUUUUUCCUUUCUACUUAAAUUCUUGAAAAGGAUCAUAUUUAAAAUGCUGUCUAGAUUGUCUUUUCCAAUUUUAUGCACUUGCCUUUGCUUCUUUAGAUUUUGACAGUUAUAUUCCUGUAUUGUGUUCUGAUCCACUAAUAAACAAAUUCUUAAAAAAAAGAAAGAAGUGAAAA